AUGGAAAACAUUCAUGAGGAACCUGCUCAGAAGAAGCUUCGCGCAGAAGAGGAUGUUGCCGUAGAAAAUGUAGAUGAGACCCAAGUUGUUUCAGAUGAAGAAGACAGUUAUUCGGCUGAGGAUUUAGAAAAAGGCCAUGCCCUCAUUAAGGCUGUCAUUGCUGGUGACCUGGAUAAAGCGAAGGCUUUGGUAGAAGAUGGCGCAGACUUGUGCUUCCGCGAUGAACAAGGCCGUACUCCUCUUCACUUUGCUGCCGAGAAUGGUCACCUCGCAGUUGUAAACUGGCUAUUGAGUGAAAGACAUCCUUACAACCUUGUCGAUAAUGCUGAAGUAACUGCCGGUGAACUAGCCUUGAAGAACAAACACCUUGAAGUGUAUGAACGUCUAGUAGAUGAAGGUACCCGUGCGGAACUUGUUAUCCGUGCUCUUAAGGCCGCUUUCCAGACAGACGAUGAUGAAGCACCCAACGAUGAGUACCUUCACCAAAAAUUGCACUAUGACGAUAACAAGUUGCUGGACGAGAAUGACGAUGCAGUUAUGAUGGGUUGGGAAGGACCUCUUAUGGUGGAGCAUGCUAAGGUCAUGUGCCCUCGUGAAGGUUUAUCUGUUCUCAAUGUUGGAUUCGGUCUUGGCCUUAUUGAUACUGAGCUCCAGAAGUACAAGCCUGCUCAUCAUUACAUUAUCGAAGCUCACCCAGAUGUGUAUGCUCACAUGAAGGAACUUGGUUGGGAUAAGAAGGAAGGUGUUACUAUUCUCUUUGGACGUUGGCAGGAUAUGGUACCUACACUCACUCAUUCGUUUGAUGGUAUCUUUUUUGACACUUAUGGAGAGUUCUACGACGAUUUGCGAGCAUUCCAUGAUGCAGUGCCAAAUAUUCUGAACACAGAUGGUGUGUACACUUGGUUUAAUGGACUUGGAGCAACCAACCAGUUUUUCCACGAUGUUUACUGCCGUGUGUCUGAAAUUGAUCUUCGUGAAUUUGGCUUGAGCACCGAGUAUGUGGAGAUGUCAAUCGCAACUGCCGAUGAAAAGGGUGUUUGGGAUGGUGUGCGUCAAAGAUAUUGGGUACUUGAUACCUAUAAGCUUCCCAUCUGUAAAUUCUUAAACUAGAUCAAUCUCUCUGUACAUUAGGCUGUCAUUUACACAACAAUGCCAUUUAUUAUUGAUAUUUUCAUUCGUUCAAAAAAAAAACAAAAUUUAUGCAAUGAGUUCAACAACACCACCAGCAGCCUUAAUCUUCUCCUCAGCGCGACGGGAUACAAAGCGAGUGCGGACAAUGGCAGCCUGGGAAAUAUCACCCUUGGCAAGGACCUUGCCGUAACCGUGCUGGAGAGCAUCAAUAACGGGAACCUUCUCGGUGUUCUUGUACUUCUCACGGACACCUUCACCAGCCAAAGACCAGAGAGAGUCGAGGUUGACAAUAGGACGCCAGUACUGGUUCUGCUUCAAGUGGAAGUGACGCAUACCGACCUUACCGAAGUAACCAGGAUGGUACUUAUCCAUGUUGAUACGAUGAUGGUGCUGACCACCAGCAAGACCACGACCACCAGGAUGCUUUCUGUGCUUGCCAACGCGACCGUGACCGGCCGAGACGUGUCCGCGCUUCUUUCUGUUGUGGUGGAGUCUGGUAGGCAUCUUGAACUUGCAAGGUGC